GAGAGAGGGGGGGGAGGUGGACUGGGACUCUUCCUCCCUCCCUCUUGCUUCCUCUCUAUAAAGGAGAGCUCGGCUUGACUGGAAACUUCCAGCAAACCUGUGCGACUACUUCAAAAACUUCCUCCAAAAAACCCUCCAGAAGUUUUGGGACGAUCAGGAAACCGAGCUGGUUUUGAGAUCGACUGAAGAGCCUCAGUCUUACUUUGCACAAAAAACGAAACAUCUGAGAUCUGAGAAGAGCCGUAAAGAUGCAGGAGAAAGGUUUCUUCACCCAAAGGAAAGCAGCAGUGGCUCUGUGCAUCGUGCUGCUCAUGAUGACUCAUCAGGUGUGUGCAGGUCCGUUGGUGCCUCAGGUCCAGUCCAGCUCCGACCAGAAGGUGGAUUCGAACUUCCCGACAUUGAGGAGGACAGCUCGGAUGACCCCGCUGUGGAGGAUCAUGAACAGUAAACCAUUUGGAGCUUACUGCCAGAACAACUACGAAUGCGCCACGGGACUCUGCAGGGCGGGACAUUGCUCCACCAGCCACCGCUCCAUCUCGCCCGUCAACUACUAGACGUCCACGGGAAAACCUGUUUACAUGGGUGUUCAGCCAUAAUCCUUACGAAAAGGUUCUGAUAACUGGGAUUUUAUAAUCGUGUUUUUUUUAAAAAUAUUUAUAUGUGCCAAUACGUUGGUGAUCAUAUCGACAAGUUUAUAUGAAUUUACACUGCAGGUAGUUACAAGAAAGAAAAGGGAAGUCAGUGUAUUUUGAGAGGCAAAAAUGAAGAUAGUAAGAGGUUGGGUUGAGGCAAAUGGGGCAAAGUGCAAAAAUGUAAGAAGGGAGUCAUUUUUAUGUUUUGCAUGAUUUGAUCAUCUGAAACUAUUUCCUGGUUUUCAACAAGGGUACAAACAACUACAAAUACUUUUUUGUAACAUUACUGGUAAACCCUGAACUCUUAAACUGAGAUUAUGUGAUUCAAAAUAUUAACAAAAAAGUACUUUUUUUUAAUCUCAGAGGCUUUUCUCUGCUAGUUACUGCCACAAAUUAUAUAAAAAUCUGGUUUCCUGGUUUUCAACAAGGCUGCAAAUAACUACAAAUACUUGUUUGUACCACAAUCAGUUAACCCUGAACUCACAAGCUGAGACUUUGUGUGUAAAAUAAUAACAAAAAAGUACUUUUUUUUAUAAUCUCAGAGGCUUUUUUCUGCCCGUUUCCUCCACAAAUGAUACAAAAUCAGAUGUUUGCAAAGCUUGAAAACAAGAUUUUACUGACCCCAGCUCUUUGUUUCACUGAUACCAUGACGCCUAAGAAGUAAUGUUUUAAUAAAACUAUGUGUUAAGGAUAAUAAUGGAUGACACAGAGAAGACUGUGAGCCUUUCAAAAGUUCACAGCCUUGGAACUUUUACCACAUUUCAUCAUCGCUGUCUCGUGUCGUGUUCGAUAAGUUAUCACUGGACCGUGUGUGCAGAGGGUCCAAUCAUUACCGCUGAUAAUGUGCCAAAUAGAACUGUCUCCUCUAUUUCUAAUCCUUUCAGACAUGUUUUUAAAGCAACAAAAUGUUAUUUUAAACCCAAUAUUUUGUCAAAGUUAGUUAUUGCAACAUUAUUCAUAACCUGUACUGAUUUGGUGUAAUGCAGUGAUUCUCAUAUUUUAUUUAUUUUACCCUCUGUUUAAAAAUGUACCCAUUUACAUUAUGUAGUAUUUUUUAAAAAUCUCUUAUGGUAUUUGAAUGGUUUGUUUUAGAAUAAUCAAUCAUCCUGACUGGAUUUUUUAGAUUUAUACUCGUUCAGUCAAUAUUAUAUAUCUAUGACCAAUGACCUUUUAAACAAAUACCUUGGCCGAGUGUACAAAUAUUAAGAACAGAUUCAUAAAGAAUUCAUUUUUUGUUUUUGCACACAAAUCGAGAAGCGAUCGUGGAUUUCGCCUGCAGAGUUUACUUCAUGCACAGAGCAGGUGGUUGCUGAUAUUUUUGUACACUCAGCGUUGAGAAAUGUUUGAGUAGGAUUGCACUUUUGAAACCCAAAUUAUCUUUGUACUGUGUACUGUCUACUGUAUGUACUGUACCGCUUACACGUAGAAGGCUGGAGGACAAGUGGAAUAAAAGCAAUUGAAAAAAAA